AUGGCUGGGAGCUUUUUCUCCCGCUGCAGUUUUGCUGCUCCUGAACGCACCAGGACCGCCGUGCCCCAUCCCGGCCACGUGUCCCCGUCCUCGCUCUGUGUCCCCGUGUGCCUGCAGGUGCCUGGCGGGGGCCGUCUGUCCCCCCCCCCCCCCGAAGCCACCACGCUGGCCCCGCCGGAGAGCCUGGAGGUGUGGGUGCCGGAGCCCCUCACCUUCAGCCUCUGGGACUACGGGGUCUUCGGGCUGAUGCUGCUGGUGUCCACGGGCAUCGGGCUCUUCCACGGCCUCUCCAAGGGCGGCCAGAAGACCUCGGAGGAUUUCUUCACGGGCGGCCGGCGGAUGGCGGCGGUGCCGGUGGGGCUCUCGCUCUCGGCCAGCUUCAUGUCAGCCGUCCAGGUGCUGGGGGUGCCGGCCGAGGCGUACCGCUACGGCUCCAAGUUCCUCUGGAUGUGCCUGGGGCAGCUGCUCAACACCCUGCUCACCGCCCACCUCUUCCUGCCCGUCUUCUACCGCCUGGGGCUCACCAGCACCUACGAGUACCUGGAGCGGCGCUUCAGCAGGCGCGUGCGGCUCUGCGGCACCGUGCAGUACAUAACGGCCACGGUGCUGUACACGGGGAUCGUCAUCUACGCCCCCGCCCUGAUCCUCAACCAAGUGACCGGCUUGGACAUCUGGGCGUCGCUGCUCUCCACCGGAGCCAUCUGCACCUUCUACACCACCAUCGGCGGGAUGAAGGCUGUCAUCUGGACGGACGUCUUCCAGGUCUUCGUGAUGCUCUCCGGCUUCCUCGCCGUCAUCAUCCGGGGGCUGCUGCUGGCGGGGGGCCCCGCCAGGGUCCUGGCCAUCGCCGCCAAUGGCUCCAGGGUGAACUUCGGCGACUUCAACCCCGACCCGCGGAGCCGCUACAGCUUCUGGAGCUUCGUGCUGGGCGGCACGCUGCUCUGGCUCUCCAUGUACGGCGUGAACCAGGCGCAGGUCCAGCGCUACGUGGCCUGCAGGAGCGAGAGGGAGGCGAGGAUAGCGCUGCUGGUCAAUCAAGUGGGGCUCUUCUGCAUCGUCUCCAGCGCGGUGGCCUGUGGCCUUGUGAUGUUUGCGCUCUACAAGGACUGCGACCCCCUCCUGGCCGGAUACAUCUCGGCCCCGGACCAGUACAUGCCCUACCUGGUCCUCGACAUCUUCCAGACGUCCCCGGGGGUGCCGGGGCUGUUCUUGGCCUGCGCCUACAGUGGGACCCUGAGCACAGCCUCCACCAGCAUCAACGCCAUGGCCGCCGUCACCGUGGAGGACCUGGUGAAGCCCCGCAUGCCCGCGCUGUCACCGCGGAGGCUGACGCUGGUCUCCAAGGGGCUGUGUGAGUGGGGACGGGACCUGGCGCACGGCCGGGCCACCCUGAGCCGUGCCGUGCCGUGCCAGCCCAUCCUGGGCCGUGCCGUGCUGCACAACAACGUGCCAUG